AUGCCUCAUUCGUGUGUUGCGUAUGGCUGUCAAAAUAGGGCUUCAGCUGGACAGUCAACACAUUUUUUCCGAUUUCCUCAUUCCAAUGAGGAGUUGAUGAAGAAGUGGAUUGAAGCUAUAAAAAGAAAAAAUUUCAAACCAUCACAGCACAGUAGAAUUUGCAGUGAUCAUUUUACUAAUGAAGACUUUCAAAUACGCCCAGGUGCAAGUAGACCAUUAUUAAGAUUGGAUGCUACUCCAUCAGUGUUUCCAUCAUUCCCGCCAUACUACCAAAAAGUUAAAAAACACAGAAUAAAUCCUCUGACAAAAAUUCCUAGACCAGUCAAUAAUGAUACUACACCAGUUAUUGAUGAUAAUGGUCCUGAACCAGAUGAUAUUUUAAUUAAUGAGACACAGUCUACAAAAGAUGUAGAAGUACAAACUAUAAAUAGUUUUACCCAUGAAACCAAGUUAAAAAAUAAAAUAAAAAUUUUACAACAAAAGCUUAGGAGGAAAGAAAAAACAAUUAAUAAUUUAAAAGAUCUCUUAGAUGAUUUACGCAAUAAAGGUUUAAUUGAUGGUGAACAUGGAAGAUUAAUUGAAAAUCAUUUUAGUGGUAAGAAUUUUUAA